AUGGGGGGCCAAAGAUUUGCAAAAAAGUACCUAAGCAAGUGCAUAUAUGCCUUUGUAAUGGGAAGUAAAGAUUACCUAAACAAUUACUUCUUGCCACAAUAUUACUCUUCAAGCCGCCGUUAUACACCAGAGCAGUUUGCUGAAAUUCUGAUGAGACAAUAUUCAAAGAAAUAUCACAGGUUUGAGCACUCCAUGCUGUGGUGCUCAUCUGAAAUUGGACAGUGUCUUCCUGGUACUGUUACAUGCAAAAACAGACAAGAGUACAUGUAUUGGGAUGGAUUCCAUCCUACUGAGGAUGAAACUUUGCUUUUUGCAAAAAAGGCCUACAAGGAAGUUUCUCCAUUAUUCACUAAUCUUAUCAAUCAAUACUAA